AUGUCAAACACUAUGGGAAAUGAGAAAGACUUAACCGCCGAACAAAAGGGAGCUAUUGUAAGAAUGACUCGUACCGCACCAUUACCCUUGUUAUUAGUGAAAAUCGCCAUCUAUACCUCUCCAAUCACCACGACUCUUGCUGCUCAAACAAAACGUAAUGUAUCAAGAAAUACUGUUCGCCAUGAGCUACAUAAAGAAAAUCUAUGGUCCCGUAUUGCACGUCCAAAGCCACUCAUUUCCACUGUUAAUGCUGAGAGGCGACUUGCCUGGUGUCUUGCACGUAAAGACUGGACAGCUCGACAUUUUCGUCGUGUUUCGUGGUCAGAUGAAUCAACAUUUUGCCUCUUUCAACAAUCAUCUUGUCGGGUCUGGCGUGAGCCGCAUGAAGAAUGGGACAUUGAAUGUGUGAGGAGUACUGUCAAGCAUAAUCCUAGUCAGAUGCACUGGGGCUGUUUCUCUUGGUAUGGAACUGGCCCUCUCGUUGCGCUUAAUGGCUCUGCUACUGGUACAUGUAAGUCUCACAUUGAGAUUCUUAGAUCUACCCAAGAAAUGUGGAUCGCG